AUGUCAACAAAUUCUGAACCAGUAAAGAAAAAACAUAGAACCAUUGAAUAUCAAUUUCUCGAUCCGGUUGAUGAUAAUGAAACGUUUGUUUCAACUGGUACAACAACAAAUCAAACUGAUGAAAUAAUUAGGUAUUUGAAAAUGUCAGUGAAUGAUCAAUUUAAAAUAUCCAACCCGUUAAUAGCCUGGGAACAUCAUCAAAACAAACUUCCUUAUUUAUCAAAAUUAGCUAGGCGAAUGUAUUCCAUUCCAGCAACACCAGCAUACGUUGAACGUCAGUCAGUUCAGCGCUGCUGGUCUUCUUGUUAA